AUGGAUUGGAAGCCAAAGAUUUACAAAUUGGAUAUGGAAAAAACAAAGAUGUCACUCUAUAGGGUUUUGAAUGUCAGCACUUUGAGAAGACAACGAUUUGGACUUCUGAUGCUUAUUUUACAAGACCAUCCGUGCAAAUGCUUGAAGACACUCAGAGAGAGCUUCUUUGUGUGUUUUUUCCUAAAGAAGGUUAAAUCGAGAUUUAACAAACUUGCUUAUAAUGUCUUUUCGACACCCUCCAAGAGUGGAUACACAUUACAGACAAUCAGUGAAAUUCAACUGUUGGUGGCAUCUUGAUGUCUGGGUCUACUACUUGACAGCAUGUAACUUGAGGUUGAUGACAUUUCUUUUCUUGGG